AUGGGUGCACAGCAGUUGGCACAAGCCAUUUCGGCGAAUAACACGAAUCUAAGAGUACUUCUUCUCGGUUCAAAUUGCAUUACAUAUGAAGGCGCACAGCAUCUAGCAGAAAUGCUCAAAACAAAUCGAACACUAAAUCGGUUGUAUCUCUUCGACAAUAAUAUAGGUGAUCGUGGUAUUCAAUUAUUAGCUCAAGCAUUAACUCUUCAUAAUAGAACUGUCACUCAUAUUGAUCUUAAUGGAAACACGUUAGAAAGUGAUUUGACAGUCGAUUUUCUGGUUGACAUGCUUAAAUCUAAUCAAUCGUUGAAAGAACUUCGAGUAUGCAAAUGCAAUUUGUCCGAAGCUAGCAAAAUUAGACUUCGAGAUACUGCUCCUAUUCUUGUGUUUCGAAAUGAAGUGGGAACGCAAUUGAACUGUAAGGCAGCAAUUCACAAUGCAACACAAUCUGGCUACACACCAAUUGUAUGCGUUGCUCAAGACACUUGUAAAGACAAACCAAUCGAAGAUCCAACAUUCAUGAAAAAGCUAUUAGAAAUAUCCGAUAGUAAGACUGAACAAUUACCUGGAUUAUUACCUUUUGUUCCUGGAAUGUCUGCUAUUUUAACACAAAAUAUUGCUAUUGAACUGGGUUUUAUCAACGGGAUUAAUGGAAUCUUUCGACAACUAGUCUAUCAGUCCGAUUCUAUAUCAACAGAUGUUUUAUCACAAGCAUUUCCGAGCAACACGCAAUAUGUUCAUCGACCUUUAAAUGCAUUGAGUGAAAUUGCUCGAUCGAAAGUUGAAUGCAAUCUUGAAGAACUUCAACCAAAACUCGUCCCAAUACCAUUAAUGGAACAAACAUUUCGUGUUGACAUUACUGACAUUCUCCCGAAAGGUCAGUGUCCAUUUCACCCUCAUCAAGCAACAAGUAAAUUAUUUAUUAUUUUUCCUUAUGAUUUGUUUCUUCUAACCAUAGGAAACAAUGCUUUUGAUCCCAAAAAAAGAACAGAUCUGCCAAAACGCGUAUUAGAUAUUGUGUUAAGCAACUUAUCAGUAUUUACUACAAUAAAUAAUUAUGAAAUUUAUCUUAAAACUCGACCAGCAUCUACUAUGUUAUUAUAUAAUUCGUUUGAACUAGCUAGUAAAACGAUAAUAUGUAAAUCUUUUCCAAAAACUAUGUCAAAGUGUUCACAUGAUCAAUAUCGAAAGGAAACAACCACUAAUAAUGAAUUUUCUGUAAAAUAA